AUGUUGUCGUCGUUUACUUUCGGGGAGGUUCGUCGACACCGGGUUACUAAUAGUAAAAGUAGAUUGUUUCCCGUUUCUGCUGGCCGAGAUGUGUAA